AUGGAUUACUGCUCAGUGUCGCCUGAACACAAGACUGAAAUGGUCAAUGUGGAAUUACAACCAGACAUGGACUGGUCUGCAAUUAACCUCAUAGUUCUAUUAAUAUCUGCAAAGAGUCCGGGGGCUCAGGGCUCAGAGCCUGAGGGUUCUAACUGUAUCAUACAAAGUUCUGUCAAUGUCUACAAAGAGUAUGGGGGCACUAUACACAGAUGUAUGACAGUAAGGAAACCCGGGCCGGAGACUUACAGUGGACAAGGGAACCCUCACCUGGGAAACAGUGGACGGGGAACCCCCACCUGGGAAACAGUGGACGGGGGAACCCCCACCUGGGGAACAGUGGACGGGGGAACCCCCACCUGGGAAACAGUGGACGGGGAACCCCCACCUGGGAAACAGUGGACGGGGGAACCCCCACCUGGGGAACAGUGGACGGGGGAACCCCCACCUGGGGAACAGUGGACGGGGGAACCCUCACCUGGGAAACAGUGGACGGGGGAACCCCCACCUGGGAAACAGUGGACGGGGAACCCCCACCUGGGAAACAGUGGACGGGGGAACCCCCACCUGGGGAACAGUGGACGGGGGAACCCCCACCUGGGAAACAGUGGACGGGGAACCCCCACCUGGGAAACAGUGGACGGGGAAACCCCCACCUGGGAAACAGUGGACGGGGAACCCCCACCUGGGGAACAGUGGAGAACCCCCACCUGGGGAACAGUGGACGGGGGAACCCCCACCUGGGGAACAGUGGACGGGGAACCCCCACCUGGAGGAUAG